GUUCAUUGGACAAAACAGUUGCUAGCCGGUGACGGUUUUUCACAGUUUACACAGUUCACAAUCUAGGAAGUGAACUUCACUAAGGAACGAACUGCAGGGUGCCCGAAAACGAGCGAAGAACAUAGGUGAUGUUUCCACUCGGUUUCUUGUUCCUGCUAUAUACAGCAGUAGAGGGAGCUACCUCACCCAUCUCCUGCUAUAAUGACCAAGGGCACUCCGUGGAUUGGUUGUAUUUGUACAAACUCCCUCACCAAAAGCACAAACAAGAUGAAGGGCUGAAGUACCUGCUGAUGGAUGGAGGAAGUGAGGGAUGGACAGAGGGAAGCGGGCUGGUGAAUGACAGUGCAGGAGCUCUGGGGAGGACAGUAGGACAGCUGUAUGAGCAGAAGGGCGGUGAAAUUGCCUACAUCCUGUACAACGACCAGAAGCCCCAGGGUAGGGGAAAAAAGGGAACUAAUGAGGACAGCAGUAGAGGAGGUCAUACUAAAGGUGUUGUACUGGUGGGUAAGACACAGGGCUUUUGGUUGGUCCACAGCACACCUCAUUUCCCCCCUGUCAAGGAAGGAGGAGAAUUUUCAUAUCCACACUCAGGGAUCACGAAUGGACAGAACUUUCUCUGUGUCACGUACCCAUUGGAGAUGUUCAAGAUUAUUGGCGAGCAGCUGCAGAUCAAUGAGCCUCAUGUCUACGACUGCAACGUGCCCGAUUCUCUGGCCUCCGUCCUGCCGUCCAUGGCCGAGGUCUGUAGGAGCGCCAGAGGCCGGGAGAGAAACGUCAGUCUCUCUCACUCCGCCCAUUUCUCUUCCCACGAAUCCAAUCGCAGCGUCUCCCUCACCUCGUUGGCUGGGACCAACUUCAUCAGCUUCGCCAAGGGUGCAUCUUUUGGAAAUGACCUGUACCACUCCUGGGUGGCCCCAGCUCUCCAGUCAGACCUGCUGGUCCAGUUCUGGCGCCUGUCAGAAGGGAUUCUUCCCUCAGACUGCUCCGCUAACUGGAAGGUCCUGGACAUCAAAACCAUCUCGCUCGGGGAAACGACCACAUUCCAUACCACCCUGGACCACUCCAAGUGGGCGGUCAGCACGGGCCGUGGGGCCCAGGACGAGGCAGGGGGCUGGAUUUGUGUGGGUGACAUCAACAGAAACAAGGCAGAGGAGAAGAGAGGGGGCGGGACCGUGUGCCAGAGGGACGCCACAGUGUGGAAGGCCUACAGGAAUGCGGUGCAGGAGUGGUACCCCUGUGAUUGAGUGGUAGGCUGUGAUGCAGAGCAAGGGGAGGAGUUAAUCAAUGCAUAUUAAUCAAUGCAUAUAAUACUUACAGGCUUCCUGCAUAAGACUGGAUGUGGUCGAUAAUGCAGUAAAACAGCUACGUGCCAGGGAAUAAUGUAAUGGGUACGAAUGUUUACAAAUUUGUUUUAUAUUGGUGUUUUUAAAAUUCAGUACUACCAGUGAGAUAACUCAUGCAUGCUACAAUAAUAGAGUACAUUCACUGAGCAUUUGAUUGCAUUACUAACACAUUUUGAAAUCCUCAAAGAAGUCACAAAAUAUUUUAUCAAAGUAACACGUUAUUUUAGUAAAUCCUGGUAAAACAAGCCAAUUCUGUCAUGUUUAAAAGCUCCUGCAAAGUUUGUUGCCCUAAAGGAAAUAAUAUGGAUUAUCUGACACGAUCAUUACAUGUACUGACUUCUGAAGCAGAAACAAAAGAUUCAGUCUGAACAGGAUUCCCAGUUCAGCCAACUAAAUUCUGUGGAUUUAGAAGUCAAAGGGGUGGGUUGUAACUGCAUCCAUUCUUUUUGCUGUUUACGGAUAAUUUUAUAUGUAUAGCUGUGUAAAGAUAAGUUAUUUGUCCUUUUUGUUACAACACAACUGUUUAUAAGGUUUACAAAUGAUUGAUUAUAAAUGGGCCCUUGUACCUUCUUGGUGAUAUCGCACUUUCGUAUUCCUGAGACUAAGACUGAUGUUCUCCACUCCUGUAAGUUACUCAGGAUAAGACCAUCUCCUAAGUGAUUGUAAUGUCAUGUAAUAUAAACAACAGGCAACACUGAGAACAUGCAGGCUAGUAUAUUUAUGAAAUACAUUUUUCAGUUUAUGAUUCCUGUUUAAUAGCGUAUUACUGCUCAGUAUUAUUUGGCAGUGCUUGAAUCUCAAAUUCAGCGAAUGAAAGGAGUGUCAAGCCAUGAUCAACCUUAAGGACUUUGUCAGGUGUCCUCUAUAAAUGUUGAAAAACUGCUUUUGAUAGCAAAUGUGCUGUGAUCCAGUACUAAUAUUGAAAUCAGUUAGUCUGCUUAGAUAACAGGUGCAGAAGAAGAGCUUAGCUAUAUGCACUAAAGUGGGGGGGGGGGGGUAAGUAAGUUUGAGGGGGGAGGUAGGGGGGAGCUUGGCUUGAUUCUGAAAGGCAAGAUGUGGUUGAACGUAGUAAUGAUAGUAUCCCUGUUUGAAGUUCUGCCUUGAGUGGCUAGGUCAAGUUUAUUUUGGUUGUAUGAUAUUUUAAAAGUUUUAAGUGUUGUGUUUGCCAUUGCAAUGAUGCUGCUUUUUUACUUGAAGGCCAAGUGUUUGCACUGUUAAUCUACACUGUAACUGUAAAGGUUCUCGCACUGAGAGUCACACUGGAUAUGGAGGACUGCUAAGCACAGAAUCUGAACUGGACAUGACGGAAAAGACUGGAACAUCAUGAGGAAGAGGAGGCUGUAAACAUUCGGCACACUUGCUGAAAACUAUUUUGCCAGCAUAGCCAACUAUUUUGUUUUUAGGACAGCUUAAAUUGUCUGACUUCCUUUUGUGUUACUGUAUUGGUUCUCCUGAAAGAUGUGACUAUUUGUGCACAUCAGAAAAAUGAGAACAAAAACAAGGAACUGAAAGAAUAAGUUAGCAUGUCAUGGUGUAACUACGCAGUAGUGGAAGGUACUUUAGCUUGCAUACAGUAGCACUUUGAGUGUAAAGGUCAAUUUGUUGUUUAGAUUGAUUUUUUAAAUUUUUCUAAAGAACUUACCCACAUUUUCUAAUUUUCCCUCAUCAGAUUUGAAACUAAUAAAAAACAUUUAAUUUAA